AAUAAUGUGACUUUAACGGGAAGCUGUAUCGACGCGCGAGAGCAGCUACUGUCAUACGCUUCCUUAUUCGUCGUGAGGAAAAGCGAGUAUCGGGUGAUGACAAGCUAUGGAACAAAACGGGCACUGAGAAGGGUCUCGUGAUCGUCUUUUGUUUUUAUGAGGGAAGACUUUCAUUAGCGAAAGAAAGCCCGUUGUUCUACGGUAUUGUGUAACGACAGGCUGCUAAAGCUACAGCUAAGCUCUGUGUUGUGGUGUGGGCUAAAGCGGGGGUGGCGGUCUGACUGCGGUCUGACUCCAGAACAACGGGUUUGAUUUACGUUAAAAAAUAAGUUCAAUAUAAACAGCAGAACCGCGAGUUAUGAUGAAAAAUCUACUAACGCGAGUGAAUUUAAGCGUCUUUCGUGCUGACAUGGUUCUGUUAGUCAACUGAAGUGACACCAAACUGUGGAUUUAAGCUACGAGCAGCAGCGAGGAGCAACGAGAACAAGGAAGAAGACGAGCAACCAGAUGCAAUGGAUCUGAAAACUGCUGUGUUCAAUGCGGCCCGAGAUGGCAAGCUCAAGUUGCUUCAGAAGCUAUUAGAAAGCAAAACCGACCACGAGGUUACAAAACUGAUGUCAGAGAAAACAAAUGGAGCAACUCCGCUGUUAAUGGCAGCUCGCUACGGGCACCUUGAUUUGGUGGAGUACCUUCUCGAGUGCUGCUGUGCCCCUGUUGAAGUUGGAGGAUCUGUGAACUUCGACGGUGAGACCAUAGAAGGAGCCCCUCCACUGUGGGCCGCGUCAGCAGCUGGACACCUGAAGGUAGUGCAGUCGCUCUUGGGACACGGCGCUUCUGUAAACAACACAACUCUCACCAAUUCGACCCCUCUGAGAGCUGCUUGCUUCGACGGCCACCUUGACAUCGUCAGGUAUCUGGUGGAACACAAAGCUGACCUAGAAGUGGCCAAUCGGCACGGCCACACGUGCCUCAUGAUUUCCUGUUAUAAGGGCCACAAAGAGAUUGCGCAGUAUCUGCUGGAGAGAGGCGCUGAUGUGAAUAGGAAAAGUGUCAAAGGUAACACUGCCUUACAUGAUUGUGCUGAAUCAGGAAGUUUGGAAAUAAUGAAAAUGCUUCUGAAGUAUGGCGCCACAAUGGAAAAGGAUGGCUACGGAAUGACUCCUUUGCUCUCAGCUAGUGUCACCGGCCACACAAACAUAGUAGACUUCCUCACACAACACCCUCAGACGAACAAAAUGGAACGAAUUAAUGCUUUUGAAUUAUUGGGUGCUACUUUUGUAGAUAAAAAGAGGGAUCUCCUGGGAGCUUUAAAAUACUGGAAGAGAGCCAUGGAGAUGCGAUACAGCGACUGCAGCAACAUCCUCUUUAAAGGAGAACCUAAAGAACUUAUAAUGGCAUACGACUACGCAAAGGAGGCCGGGAGCAUGGAAGAGCUGGACAGUUUGAUCUCAGACCCAGAUGAGAUGCGAAUGCAGGCUCUCCUUAUUAGAGAACGCAUCCUUGGCCCGUCGCAUCCAGACACAUCGUACUACAUCCGAUACAGAGGAGCUGUCUAUGCCGAUUCAGGGAAUUUUGAGCGGUGCAUCAACCUUUGGAAGUAUGCCCUGGACAUGCAACAGAAUAACUUGGACCCACUUAGUCCUAUGACUGCCAGCAGCUUGCUCUCAUUUGCUGAGCUUUUUUCUUUCAUGCUGCAGGACCGUGCCAAAGGUCUCCUAGGGACUUCUGUGUCCUUUGACGACCUCAUGGGCAUCCUUAGCAAAAGUGUCCUGGAGAUCGACCGUGCCAUGAAGCAGCGACAACCUGGACCCGACCCGGCUCAGCUCAGCAAAGCGCUCGCCAUCAUACUUCACCUCAUCUGCUUGCUGGAGAAGGUCCCGUGCACGGUCGAGCAGGACCACUUCAAGAAAGAGACCAUUUACAAGUUCCUAAAGCUUCAGCCAUGUGGGAAAAACGGUUACAGCCCCCUUCACCUGGCCGUGGACAGAAACACGACGUGUGUUGGCCGCUACCCAGUCUGCAAGUUCCCCUCGUUCCAGGUGACCUCCAUUCUUCUGGAAUGUGGCGCUGAUGUAAACUGUCGCGAUGAAGACAAUAACAGUCCUCUGCACGUGGCCGCCUCCAACAACCACCCCGACAUCAUGAAGCUGCUUAUCGCAGGUGGCACGCAUUUCGACAGCACCAAUUCCUUCAGGCAGACUGCAUGUGACCUCUUAGAUGAGAAGGAGAUGGCCAAGAACCUGAUUCAGCCCAUAAAUCACACCACGCUGCAGUGCUUGGCUGCUCGCACAAUCAUCAAGUAUAAUCUGAUGUAUAGAGGAAAUAUUCCAGAGAAGCUUGAAGCUUUUGUGUUGUUGCACAGAUAAUGACUAAGGCACUAUUACUGUUGGUUUUAAAAAAAAAGUGUCUCAGUGCACCAAACCUCUUUUUGAGUUUCCUGUUCUCCAUAUGUACGCUUUGUACAGAAUAAGGAGCCUAUCAAAGACUUUAAGAAUAGAUUAUUUCUGUUCUGUGGGCAUGCCUGAUAUUUUCUCCCACACAAUGCAUUUUUUUUUAAAUAUAUAUAUAUAAUUUUAUUUAAUUUUGCAGUUUUGCCUGAUCCCUCUGCUUUGUAUUCGUCACUAUGCAAAGGUGAUGGGAUUUGUCUGACUUAAUUUCACUUUUAUCUUGCUGGUGUCUGCACAAUACUAUUGUAUUGCUCCUCUUUUCUGAACCCAUAAUUAUGCCCUCUUUUCAUUAUUUUUGUUGAUGUGUCAGGAAUGGAAUGCAACUGAUACUCCGUUCGAGCAUACAGAAGCUUUAUGACGUGGUUGACAUUAUGUGAAAACCGUAAGUGCUUUAUUUCUCCUAUGCACAGCGUAUGAUCUUGCGACUGUUCCAUGUUCCUGGACUGUGCCACUCUUUUCCAACUGCCUGACUACUGUCAUCAUUUUCUCCAGUUUUCUUUAAUUUGAUUGCAAACCCACAGCAAAAAAGUUCAGUAUUUUUUUUUUUUUUUUUUUUUUUAUUCAGUUGUUUGUAUUUUUAUUUUAUUUUACCAUUAUUUUUUUCUGCACUUGUUCAUUUAAGUAAUGUAUUCAGGUUAAGACUGGUGUAUUUCAGUAGUCCUCUGAGGCCAAUUGUUAAUUUAAGGCAAAAACAGCUGGAUCAGUUCUACUAUUUUUUUUUUUUUUUUUUUUUUUUUUUUUU